AACAAGUCGGGGCCAGGUUGUCGCCGCGCCUUCUAUUCACUUGUUCCUCGGCAUAUCGGGAUUCCAUAAAUAUAAAAGUCGAACAACAACAACAACACAAAUUAAGAUGAAGAAGAAAAACGAAACAAACAAGACAUUUUAAUUUGUCUGUUCUGACAAAAGUUAGCAUACGGAUACAGCAGUAACCAACCUCAAGACAUUGUGUGCAUGUACACUAUAGGUAUUGGCGAUACACACAGACAGCAUUCUGUAUGGGAUUGCACAUCUUUAAUGGAUCAUAACAAGGAAUCGAGUAUCUAGUAACUUAUUUUUAGAAUACAGGCACAUGGCGAUAUAGGUGUAUUAUAAGUAUUGGUGAUAAGAAAAGACUUCAACAGUAUUCUGCACAGGAGAUCGAUCACACAUCCUUAAUUGGUCAUAUCAAUGACCCGCAUAUCGAGUGAUACUGUUUAUGAGAAUACAGGCAACUGACUAUGGGCAGACUAUAGGCAUUGGUGAUAAGCAAGACUAAACAGUAUUCUGUAAAGGGGGUCAAGGAACCGAUUAUCUAGUACAUGUAAUUUGUUUCCAGAAUACAAGCAACUGACUCUUAAGCAAUGUCUUCGAACCCCAAACAAAAAACAAAAUACGUUCUAGUUAAGACGAUAUACACGAAGCUCCCUGGUGACAAGGAAGAACCGUGUACCAUCGACAUGACUGUGUUAUGCCAGGGUGACAUGGAGGUGAUUGUUGUGGUGGACUUCAACAACAAGGCUCUGAAGGCCUACUGGACGUGUCCCGGACAGACACGAGAUUUGUCCAGCUGCUGUCUGGAGUUUGAGCACCAUCCCCGUCGUGUGACCAACGUCACAGAGAACCAGGUGGUCGUGACGUUCUGGGACGAGCCCGAGGUGGCCGUCGUCAACGUCUUGCCAGAGCUGCGACUGAAAACGCUCGUGUCAACGCAGAACAGACAGUGCGGCGUGGCUGUCAUCCCUGGAACCGUGGAGAUGGACGACCACAAAUUCGUGUUCGCGAGCGAGAACCGCAUUGCGAUACACGAUUCUGAUGGUUACAUAUUGAAAAGAAUUUGUAGCCCUAACGAUAAACAUCGCCAACGCUUUCCAGUUCCUUGGUACUUAUCGAUGGCGGCCAAUAACGAUAUCCUGGUGUCUGACUUUGAAAAGGGCGGAGUAACGUGUGUGACACAGACGGGGAACGACAAGUGGUUCUACCAGACAGAAGGUACCCCUCGUGGAGUGACGUGCGAUUCAGAUGGAUAUGUGUAUGUCGUAGAGGGAGUUACUAAUCGGGUGACUCUGCUCACUCCCAGUGGCGACUUCAUCAGUUCUGUGCUGCGGGAAGAUACGAAACUUCCCUGCAUAUAUGGCUUGGCGUUUGGGAACAGUGGAAAACUGUACCUCUCGGAGUAUCAUGGCCAAAUUGGUAUAUUUAAUCUCAUUAAAAAUACUGAUGCUUGAUUCAUUAUAAUGGCAUGAGAUGUAGUACAUGCAUCAUAAACUGUAAACGAGGCCGAGUCAAAUGGACGUAAUGAUAAGGUUGUGAUUGCUCCCACGAGUCAAUGUCAUGUCAUAUUUAUAGUCCUCUUUUUAAAAAGCCCUUGAAUUUUCAGUCACGGAAGCCAUUUCUUUGUGUUUUCUUUUAUGCAGUUAUGUACAUACAUGAAAUAAAGACGAAACUUAGAUACAACAAAAUGAGAUACAUUUAAGUUUUUAAACUAUGGCUAUCCAACAUAUAGUUAAUGCGACGCUUGUGUGUAGAGAGAGAGAGAGAGAGAGAGAGAGAGAGAGAGAGAGAGAGAGAGAGAGAGAGAGAGAGAGAGAGAGAGAGAG